AUGACGAACUUCCACCAGAUUCCUGGCGGGCUGGAAAUGUUCGGGGAAGGGAUGAUGCCGAUGGACUUUGUGAUGUCGGAAGGUGCUGGGUUCCCGAUGAACAACCUGGACGCGCAGAUGUGCGAGGUGGAGGUGCCUGCGAGUAUGCAGGACGUGACCGGGGACGAGGAGGGGCUGCUGAUGCGUACGGCUGGACAGCCCUCUGGAUCGGACAGCUUCUUCUCGAGCAUGGGCUCCUCUGCGCCGAGCAGCGGGAUGCUGUUCUCGUCGAACUCGGAGUUCACUGAUUCGGCACAAUGGAUCGACCACCCGCAACCCAGCCCAUUCAAUGCUAUCAGCGCGCCAUUGCGGAACAUGCGUGGUGUGCAAGGACACCAGUCGCAUUCUUCAACGUCGUCGACGUCGUCUGGCUUUGGUGACGAGUACUCUGCGGCCUCGCUCUCAGCACCGUCACACAAGCAGUCGUUUGACCACUCGGUGUUGUAUCCUCCCGGUAUGAUGGACAGUGUUGGUCCCAUGAGGCGGCACCGGAGCAUGACCCCCUCACUCAUCCGCAACGGGGAGCCUAUCCGACGACCGAUGACAUCGAACAGCAAUGAGUUCCCUGGGACGAGUGGGUCACCAGCGAGCCUGAGCUCGUCGAUUGGGAGCUCGCGAGGGUACCACCCGUACGCGUACAGUGGGAGCAACUCUCGUGCCAACUCGACGCACAACAGCCCGCGGGUGCAACCAGUUCCACUCGGCCCCGAUUAUGCGCCGAUCAGGCGGUCGGACUCUCGAAGCUCGAACUACAGCACGAAUGGGCUGAACGACCAGAUGCGGCAGAUGAUGAGCAUGGAUCCGUCAUCGUCGAUGGUGGAGACGAUGUUCCGGAGCGACUCGCCUGCAUCAUUCCAUCAAACCGAGUCUCCAGCUGCGUUCAACAUGGAUUUACCUUUACAAUACUCGGCGACUGGGCCCUUCAUGCCAUCACAACCCCAACCUCUCCAUGCGUCGACCAUGCCUGUACAAUACCCCCAACAGCAGCAGCAGCAACAGCAGUUCGAGGGAUACUACACUCAGCCACAUGCGACGCUAUAA